CAAUAGUUAGCCUGAGCCGGACGCUGCUGUAUCCGCCUUCAGGACUGCCUUGUUGAAGGAACUGAAGUCAGUCAAACAUGAGUUUCCACUACGGCCAGGGCUAUCCAGGAAGAGGCCAACCACCACCAGGUGCUUCAUAUGGGGGAGGCCAUGGUCCCUAUGGUGCUCCCCCCUCAGCGCCAUACGGAGGAGCCGCAGUUCCACCUGGAGGUUCUUAUGGUGGUUAUGGACCCCCAGGUCAUGGAGGGCAAUAUGGGCCUGGACCACAGGGUGUCCCCAGUGGGCCUUACGGGGGUUAUGGGGGACAGCCUCAUGGAGGGCCUUAUGGACACCAUGCUCCUGCGGGGAAUAUUCCUCCUGGUGUUCACCCAGAGGCGUAUCAGUGGUUCCUGACUGUUGACGCAGAUCGCAGCGGCUUCAUCAACCUCAAGGAGCUGAAGCAGGCGCUUGUCAACUCCAACUGGUCCGUUUUUAAUGACGAGACCUGCCUCAUGAUGAUCAACAUGUUUGACAAGACACGGUCAGGCCGAAUGGACAUAUUUGGCUUCUCAGCACUGUGGGACUUCAUGCAGCGGUGGAGAGCCUUGUUUCAGCAGUAUGACAGAGACGGCUCAGGGUCUAUCAGUGGCGCCGAGCUACAUCAAGCCCUUGCUCAGAUGGGCUACAACCUCAGUCCCCAGUUUUCUGAGACGUUGGUGCAUCGAUUUUCCUUGCGAGGUGCACGACCCGGCAUCCAGCUGGACCGCUUCAUCCAGGUGUGCACCCAGCUCCAGAGCAUGACGCAGGUCUUCAGGGAGAGGGACACAAGCAUGACGGGCAACGUCCGCCUCAGCUACGAGGAUUUCCUCUCUGGUGCCAUCACCAGGCUCAUGUGAGCCUCACGCCACUGACAGUCCCCUCUGCACUGUGGAUACACAGCAUCAUUCCACGUUCAGGUCAUAUUCUGCUCAGUUUUCAGUGCUCCACCAUAAGUGCCCCCGCUAUGCAGUAAAACAGGCAGUCCACAUUAUCCCAGGCUUGUUGCUGUAAAUAGUUAAAGCUUCUAAAGCUAUUAUAAAUGUAACUAUAGCCUUUACUGCAUAGUCCUUAACUGUAAACGGGUUAAAGUUACGCUGUGGGUCCUUCGGAACAGUGAUACUCUUAUCAUAGAUGCCUUGGUGACAAUGAUAAUUAGAAAGUCUCUUGUUUACUAGCACCAGUAUUUGAUUAAAGUUAUGAAUAGUUUAACUUGGAUCCAAGAGGGCACCUAGAGUAUAUGUCUGUAUGGCAGUGACGAUCCUGAACUGCAUAUUCAUUUUUUGUGAAUUUGCUCACAUGCAGCAUUAACAUGCUCCUGUGCCAUUUAAACAAUACCCUUAUAAUAAAUAUAUAUCUAUAACUAUAACUAUAACUAUAGUUAUAUAUGGGGUAUUUCCAAGGUCCAAAUGGUAUUUCCACACAAUGGUUGCACAUUCUAUUCAUUAUAUUGAAAAUUGCUUUGUGUUGCAAUGUGAAUAAUGAAGCCAAAAAGUGUCACAGUGAUAUUUUGAAUCUUUAGAAGAAGAAAAAAAAAAGAUUUAUAAUCAUUUUGGCUAAAUAAGCCGUAGUUUAAAAACAUAAAUAGAUAUCUGUGACCAAAAUAUAAAA